AUGACAUCCUUCAUUACAAUGGUAAGGUUUUGAUCUUUGGUCUGAAGGGUAAGGAAGGAUACGGUAGAGUUUUACAGAAGGAAAUGGGCUAGGGCUAGGGCUAGGGCUAGGGCUAGGGCUAGGGCUGUUUAACUAUCAAAAGUAAUUCUUAUUAUUCAGGAGAACAGAGAAUACGCAGACCCCUACUACGGUGUAUGUCAUUCAGGCAUGGACUUUGUUCUAAGUGGCGUCUUCGUCUACAUUCCUGCAUUAAUCCUGUCAGCAUUGCUGCUAUUCGAGUACGAGUCUGCUGAUAAUUCAAAGCUUCCCCGUUUCAAUAGAUACUGUCAGUUAACUGUAUUAAAUGGCAGCUUUACUGUAUUUAUAAAUGCAUCGGUGACAUACUUCACUCAAACUAUUAUUACUCUUGAUCAAGUUAGAGUUGUGAGAGAAUUGCUUCAAUUUUACUCAAGUAGCUUUCAAUCAUUGAAACUGAAGACGAUUGAGUAAGUAACGUAGUAAAAACACCAAAAAGCUAUUUUAAAUAUGAGAGUCAAGUGGAAGAUUUGCAAUGUAUUUUGCACUGAACAUCUUCCACUAAACUUCCAUUUUUAAAAAGUCUUAAAAUGCCUUAAAAACGCGUUUUUGAAACAUUUUAGAGGUGGAAGUUGUGUGAAAGAUUUUUAGUGCAUUUUGCACUGAAAUUCUUCCACCAAACUUCCAAGUAUAAAAAACCUUAAAAACCCGUUUUUAGAUCAAUUUAAGACAUUUUAAGAAUGGAAGUUGUGUGGAAGAUUUUUAGUGCAUUUUGCACUGAAAUUCUUCCACCAAACUUCCAAGUAUAAAAAACCUUAAAAACCCGUUUUUAGAUCAAUUUAAGACAUUUUAAGAAUGGAAGUUGUGUGGAAGAUUUUUAGUGCAUUUUGCACUGAAAUCCUUCCACUGAGCUUCCACUUUUCCAAGUGUUUUACUUUUAUUGUAGGACUUAAAAACAUGUGUUAAUAUGUAGUUUUGACAAGACCUAUUAUUUUAGACAACUCGUGACUGAAUUCAUUGUUGUCAAUAAUCUACAGACAUACCAAGCCAUUUGGGUAUUCAUUCGGAUGCAUUUGACACCCGUGGUACCAUUCGUUCUAAUCGUACUUUACAUAAUUUGGGCCAGAAAAGAAGGAUUAUUGGAAGAAAAGCCAAAAGAAAUCAAAAAGUGUGAAGUGUUUAUCAAAAGACCUGUCUACUUUUAAGCAUGAAUAUCAUAAAUAAAUAUUAACAUAAAGAUGUAUUCCCUUUUGUAUAUCAAACGGGCCGGGUUUUCUUGAGAUGGGCCUCGAUUUUCAGACCCGGCCCGACUUAAAGUUGGAUUAAUUAAGGUCGGGAGUGCCGGGCGGGGACUUUUGGUCUGGGGGUCGAAAAAAUUUUUUCCGAAAAUCCACAGGGGGGGACCAUGUUCAACUUUUUUGAAAAUUUUUUUUCGGGGGGGGGGUCCCCCUCCCGUCCCCCCCCCCCCCUUUUCCCCCAGCGCCCGGCCCUGAAGGUCGGUCCGUUCCCCAUGUCUAAGUUCCCAAGCCUUUAGAAAUGCAAUUCGCAAAUUACAAAUGCACUUGGGUCAAGCGACAGGUUUUUCGCUAUAGAGAAGCUUGUUAUACAUGAGUUCUACCGUAUUACGCAACAAUGAGACAGUUUUUGCGUUAUACAGUGGAAGUUGAUGAGGGUGGAUGAGCAAACAAACGGCACUUGCAUGCCUUGGAUAGCGUCUUUGUGCACCUUCAUUAUGUUCCACCUUUUUCGUGGCAUUCCUUAAGUUUGAGAGUUUUUGCAGCACACCUUCUCUCUGUCCUUCAUUUUUUCCUAAGUUGCUAUUAAAAGAAUACUGUAGUGUUACUCUGAAACUUCAGGAGAUACACCAAUUAUGAAUCGAUUGGUUAUUCUCUUAAUCUGUUUGUUGGUUGUGGUUACUACCUCGGAGCCUACUACUGCUGAAUUUAUUCUUAAGCAGGCACAAAAUGGCCCAGAGGUACGUGGAGUUAAAAUUGUUUAGUACAACACUGUAGAAAAUAAGGGCAUAAUAAAUGUCUCAUAGCUAGAAAAACCUUUGCCCUCCUUUGCCCUGCCUUUGCCCUGCUUUUGCCCUGCCUUUGCCCUGCCUUUGCCUUGCCUUGCCCUGCCUUGCCUUGCCUUGCCUUGCCUUGCCUUGCCUUGCCUUGCCUUGCCUUUGCCCUGCCUUUGCCCUGCUUUUGCCCUGCCUUUGCUUUGCCUUUGCCCUGCCUUUGCCCUGCCUUCGCCCUGCCUUCGCCCUGCCUUCGCCCUGCCUUCGCCCUGCCUUCGCCCUGCCUUCGCCCUGCCUUUUCCGUGCCUUUUCCCUGCCUUUUCCCUGCCUUUGCUCUGCCUUUGCCCUGCCUUUGCCCUGCCUUUGCCCUGCCUUUGCUCUGCCUUUGCCCUGCCUUUGCCCUGCCUUUGCCCUGCCUUUUCCCUGCCUUUGCCAUGCCUUUGCCUUGCCUUUGCCCUGUCUUGUCCUGCUCUGUCCUACUCUACCCCACCCUAGCUAACCCUUUUAUAAUAACUUUCUUUUCAUCUUGUUUUCAGCUAGCGAGAGAACUGAAAAGGCUUGUUGAUGAGGUUCAUGAUGGAGGUAAGAACGACACCUUUGAACGAACAGCAGGAUGUGUUGUCUUAGCUGUUCGUGGAAGCCAUGUGUGUAACAACGUCGAACCUACCAGUUGUUUUGAUAUUAACAUAGAUUACGGUUUUUAUUUGAGAGAAACACCGUUUCCGACCUAUCUUCGUGUACUAAAGCAGUUUCCGGAGUAAGUUUUGUUAAAGUUAAGUAUAUGAUAUAUAAUGCCUGAUUCUGAUCCGCCUCCUUUGAAAACAAUACAGUUGGUUAAACACGUGCCAUUUAAAAAUGUUGGAGUGUUCUAGAACCAGCAGUAUGUUCGAUUUGGUACAGGAAUUGUACAAUGGUUGGAGAUUAUCUUUAUAAGCAAUCUUGCUCAGGAAGAGUGGUAGGUUUUUCAACAAUUUACAUCAAUUUUUGCAAUAAAACAUGAAAAUGGGCUAGAUUGGCCCGGUCGAGUCAAAACAGAAGUAAAAAAGGCCGAGCCGGCACGCGUACGCCCUGAGAGCUAAGCCCAAAUUAAGGCCGCAGGAGCCAAGCCUAGGUCUCGCAACGAAAGAUUUGACUUGCAGGAAUUGUCAAUGGAUCUGAUUUUAAAGCUAUAUAUAAUAAAAAUAUUUUAAAAAGCAAAUUGAAUAGUUCAAAUAAUUCUGUGCUCCUAGCUCCAAAAUUUUUGGGGGAGCACAUAAUUAUUUGAACUACUUUUUUCUAUUUAUAUUCGAUUGUUCACAUAAUUCUGUGCCUCCUAACCUCAAAAAUUUGCUUUGUGUGGGGGCACAUAAUUAUUUGAACAACAAAAUUAUUAAUAUUGUAGGAAUAAGUAAGUUAGCCAACUCUGAUGAGAAAAACAGUAUUAAAACGUGCCAUUCUUAAUAAACCAAUGUUUUAGUCGCUGGAUAUAUUUGAACUUCUUUCCACGAACAUUUGUUCUGAUGUUCGAAGCAAAUGUGCCAACUUCACUCAUUUGUUACCUGAUGAAUUUGACUGCGCGAAACAUAUCAAGGGUACGAGCUGUAACUUGAAACUAUACGAUGAACAAUGUGCGGUAUGUCUUUUUAAAACUAUAUUUAGAGGAAUGUAUAGUAGGGAGGUAUGUAUGAUGAAGUUGGCUUGGCUUGGCUGAGCUUGGCUGAGCUUGGCUGGGCUUGGCUGGGUUUGGCUGGCCUUAACUGGGCUGGGUUUGGCUGGCCUUAAUUGGGCUUGGCUGGGAUUGGUGGGGCUGGGCUUGGCUGGGCUUGGCUUGGCUAGGGCUUGGCUUAGCUGAUUUUGGCUGGGCUUGGCGAAGCUGAGCUGGGCUGGGCUUGGCUUGACGUGGCUUGGCUUAGCUUGGCUUGUCUUGGCUUGGCUGGACUGUGCUUGGCUUGGCUUGGCUUGGCUUGGCUUGGCUUGGCUUGGCUUGACUUGGCUUGGCUUGGCUUGGCUUGGCUUGGCUUGGCUUAGCUUGGCUUGGCUUGGCUUGGCUUGGCUUGGCUUGGCUUGGCUUGGCUGGGCUGGGCUUGGCUGGGCUCGGCUGGGCUUGGCUUUGCUAGGGCUUGGCUUAACUGAGUUUGGCUGAGUUUGGCUGGGCUUGGCUGGGAUGGGCUGGGCUGGGCUUGGCUUGGCUUUUUCCUUUUCUAUUUCUUACUAGUUGUUAAUAGUCAAAAAUUUUAGCUAGAAAGUACCCUACAAUAGUUUUAUCGUACUCUACCUUAGCCUUACUGCAACUUAGGUUAGCCUUACCGUACCCUACUUUAGUUUUACCGUAACUUAUGUUAGCAUUAUCGCAUCAUAGCCCUACCGUACACUAUUAUAGCAGCACCCUAUUCUAUUCUACCCUAUCUUACAUUACCCUACCUACUGUACUUUACCCUACCCUACUGUACUUUACCCUACCCUACUGUACUUUACCUUACCCCACUGUACUUUACCCUACCUUACUGUACUUUACCCUACCCUACUGUACUUGACCCUACCCUACUGUACUUUACUCUACCUUAUUCUACCGUACUUUACCUUACCCUCUAUAUUUUGCAGGUAAAACUCGUUAAGCCAGUCAAAUCUGAUGCCACGCCAACCUGGGCAUUUGUUUUUGUGUGCCUAGGCAUUACAACCAUCAUCUACUACGGUUUGUGGAGCAUAUUCUUGGUUAUGGGUUACUACGACCAAACUACAGUAUGCGUACAGGAUAAUGAGGGAGUUUGGUUGAGAUUGGACAGCUAUUCAAGGUAA